UAACUGCCUUCCCAGGAGCUGCCACUCCAGGCAGGUCUGAGUGGCCAGGCCGUCCUGGAGCCGCGUCCACGGAGCCACGUCCACGCUGCUCGCUGCGGAGACCCCAGGCCUCUCCCACCUGAGGCCGCUCUUGCCUUGGAAGCCAGCCUUGGACACCUGCUCUCCUCAGCCCGGAUCCUCAGUUCCGUCCCACUGAACCGACACCUGGAUCCUGCUCGCAAAACCGGCUGAAGUUCCUUUCCUUGUGUCUGGUGUCGGUCCCAGGGGCCCUUGUCCUGGGCCAUGGCCCAAAGGGCGGGCCUGGGGCCUGGGCAGCUGGAAAUUGUGGCCGUUCUGCUCUGUCUUGGAGUAUUCCAGCCAAGGAUAGGAGCUGACGGGACUGAAGGCCCCUGCGGUGUGAUCGCCCAAGCUCGCAUCACGGGUGGGAGCAGUGCAAACCCUGGCCAGUGGCCCUGGCAGGUCAGCAUCACUUAUGAUGGCAUCCAUGUGUGUGGCGGUUCUCUCGUGUCAAAUGAGUGGGUGCUGUCGGCUGCGCACUGCUUCCCCAGGGAGCACAGCAAGGACUACUACGAGGUAAAGCUGGGGGCACACCAGCUGGACACCUACUCCCAAGACGCCGAGGUCCGCAGCGUGGAGAAGAUCAUCCCCCACCCCAGCUACCAGACGGAGGGCUCUGAGGGCGACAUCGCUCUCCUCCACCUCAAGAGCCCCGUCACCUUCUCCCGCACCAUCCGGCCCAUCUGCCUUCCUGCAGCCAACGCCUCCUUCCCCAAUGGCCUCACCUGCACUGUCACUGGAUGGGGCCAUGUGGCCCCCUCAGUGAGUCUGCAGACCCCCAAGCCACUACAACAACUCCAGGUGCCACUGAUCAGCCGUGAGACGUGUAACUGCCUGUACAACAUCAACGCCAACCCCGAGGAGCCUCACUUCAUCCAGCGGGACAUGGUGUGUGCUGGCUAUGUGGAUGGGGGCAAGGAUGCUUGUCAGGGGGACUCUGGAGGUCCACUCUCCUGCCAGGUCCCACAAGGACCAGGCCUCUGGUACCUGGCAGGCAUCGUGAGCUGGGGCGAUGCCUGUGGGGCACCCAACAGGCCUGGAGUGUACACCCUGACCUCCAGCUACGCCUCCUGGAUCCACUUCCAUGCGAAAGACCUCCAGAUGCACGUGGUGCCCUACCAGGAGUCCCUGCCUGAUAGCAACCUCUGCGUGAACCACGAGACCCUCAACUCUGGCCCAGCCCAGGGCUGGCAGGGGCCUGUCCUGCUGCUGCCACUGGCUCUGACCUUGGGCCUCUUCUGCCCGUGGCACCAACACUGAGCUGCCCACCCUGGAAGCUGAGCUGCUUCCAAGACUGGCACAUCGCACCCAAAGACCAUUGCCUCUUCUUAGGAGAGACCCAGUCCCUCCCUGAGAUCCUUUGGACCUGGGGCCUG